GGGGAGGUAUGUGGGGUGUGGGGUGGGGGUAUAGUAAAUAAGCAAUUGAUGGGGGUUGUGCUGCUGCUGUUGCUGUCAAACUGCUACUUGUGCAGGCUGCUGCUUCUGCUACCACCACUGCAUACAAAGGAGGAGGCGGUGGUUUGGCUUUUGUAGUAAGUUCCAUAGCCUCCCUCUCUCUCUCUCUCUCGUUGGGAAUUGAAAGAAACCUGCAAAUUAUAGGGGUGUUUGGGAAAGAAAAAGAAGGGGUUAUGGUCUGCAGCUUCUUCUGUUUAUCUUGAGAGAAAAAAAAAAUUGUUUCUUUUCUGGUCAAAGGUGUAAGAUUUUGUGUGCAGAUCUUCAAUGGGGAGAGGUUAAAGGGUAACUUAGCUUUGCUUAGUUCUUGCGAGGAAGAAAGAGAGAGAGAGAGAAGGGUUUGGAGGGUUGGAGUGGAAUAUUGCUACCAACCCAGAAAGAAAAUGGAUGCAUAUGAAGCAACAAAGGUGGUUUUUCAGAGGAUCCAAAGUCUUGACCCAGAAAAUGCGUCUAAAAUCAUGGGGCUUUUGCUGAUACAGGAUCAUGGGGAGAAGGAGAUGAUCCGGCUGGCUUUUGGGCCGGAGUCAUUGCUUCAAUCUGUGAUUGUGAAGACGAAGAUAGAGCUUGGGUUGUCUCCCAACUCUCCGUCCACUCCUUCGUCGCCUUCUCCGUUUGGGAAUUCGAUUUCUGUUCCUUUUUCCCGGCAGAACUCUGCUUCUUCCGGCGGCUCUGGGAGGAUUCAUGGCGGCGUUAAUCUUCCUUCUCCGCUCAGCAUAAAUACCCAGUCGAAUGCUUCUUCUUCUUGGGCUAAUUCCAGCUUCUCGGAGUUUCAGAGCCCGGAGGGGAUGGUUAGUCCCAGUCCUACUGCUAAUGGAGUUAGUUCUCUGUCGUCUUCCAUGAACUCCGCCGCGCCGCCGUUUUACGGCGGCGGGGAGGUGGAUUUGAUCGACGAGUUUCAGCUGCAGGACCAGCUCUCGUUUCUCAACGAUGGGUCGCCGACUUUGGGGGCCAAAAACCCCGACAUUUUCUACCCAAACCACCAAGAUUUGGCGUCCAGUCCCACCGGAGACUCCGCGCUUUUCUCCUCUUACUCCGCCGGAUGGGGCGGCGGCGGGUUCCCUCACCGGAGGAGCUGCUCCGUCAGUGACAUCUGCUUGGGCGGGAAUGACGACCCGAACGGUGGAUUCGGGUGGAAGCCGUGUCUGUACUACGCUAGAGGCUACUGUAAAAACGGCAACAGCUGCCGGUUUCUCCACGGCGGCGGCUCCGGCGACGGCGAAAUGGUGGGCUCUCCGAGCAAAUUUGAGAUGAUGGAACAGUGCCAGGAGAUUCUCAGAUCCAAAUCCUCUCAGCAGCAAAGAUUGGCCGCCGCUUCUCAGCUCAUGGCGGCUUCUUCCACCUUCCCUUACUCCCCAGUUUCUGCCAAUAAAUGCAUGAACUUUCUUCUCCAGCAACAACACUUACAGGCUGAGAGCCCAAGAGCUGCGGCGGCAUUGAUGCUGGGAGACGAGGUUCAUAAGUUUAGUCGAACCCGGUUCGAGAGGGGAGAUUUCGGGAUGAAUCUUGGAGCUAACAAUUCGAGUUCGAGACAGAUUUACUUGACAUUCCCAGCUGACAGUACUUUUAAGGAAGAAGAUGUUUCCAACUAUUUUAGCAAUUAUGGACCGGUGCAGGAUGUGAGGAUUCCGUAUCAGCAGAAGAGGAUGUUUGGAUUCGUGACAUUCGUUUAUCCCGAGACUGUGAAAAUAAUUCUUGCCAAAGGGAAUCCUCAUUUCGUUUGUGAUGCUCGGGUUCUCGUGAAGCCGUAUAAGGAAAAAGGCAAAGUCCCGGAGAAAUUCAGGAAGCAACAUCAACAGCAGGAGAUGGAGAGGGGCGAGUUUCCGGGGUGCGUUAGCCCUUCCGGUUUAGAGUCUCGAGAUCCUUAUGAUAUCCAGCUCGGUGCGAGGAUGCUCUACAACUCUCAGGACAUGUUAUGGAGGAGAAAACUCGAGGAGCAGGCGGAUUUGCAGCAAGCCAUCGAGCUUCAGAGCCGGAGGCUGAUGAAUCUACAGCUUCUCGAUGUGAAGAGGAGCAAUCAUCAUCGUGCCUUUUCCACGGGAGCCGUUAUCUCGUCCCCGGUUCACUCCCCGGGAUUCAUUGGCCACAACAAUGUUGUUUUCCCGACUAGUCAAGAUUGCAGCAAAGUUCCCGAGAACGGUUUUGCGCCUAAAAUGGUAAACCAAGCAAGUAUUGGGACCGAAAAGGAGGUGCAAGAAAGGGAGAAAGAACCAUCCAAAGGGAAGGAUGAGAAUGGUAAUGGCAAAGAAAACAAGGGAGAAAACGAGUUACCCGAAAGUGUGGAACACAAUCUCCCCGAUAGCCCGUUUGCAUCGCCUAAAGCCGCUGGAGACUCGAUGUCGUCUGCUUUCUUGAACGACGUUGGAGAAGGCGAGAAACCAUCUUCGGGCACCAACAACCUCAUCGCCGCCUCGCCCUUGUUCCCCGCCAAUGCUUCACUCGAUAUGACCCCAUUGAAAUCAUGUUACCUUGAAGUUGCUAGGUUCCCUUCGGGAUCCGGUGCAAUUGGAAUGUAAGCCUAAACCAGCCCGUGACACAAUUAGGCUUCCUUAGUUUAGGAAGUAAGAAGAGUAUGUACAAGUAUAACCACCACCACCACCACAACCACUGCCACCGCCUUCGCCUUGUGACUAAGUAACAUCAUCAGACAACACAUAUAUUACUAUUUACUACCAAUACAAAUAUGCAUACAUAGUAAAAAAAGAAGUGGGACAGCCAUUUUCCAUUUUCCCUUGUUUUCUUGUGUUGUAUUCUCCAGUCUCUCUCACAUCUCUCUGUAGUUGAGGUUCUUGGUUGGACCACAGGUAGAGAAAGGAAAAAAGAAUAUUAGCCAUAGGUGAAAAACCAUGAGGUUAAAAAAAAAAAAAAAAAUUACAAGAGGCAAGGGGUACCAAGAAAAGUAAAAAAACUGAGUCUUUGUUCAUUGUAUUUGGACUGUAAUUUUUCUCCCCCCCUUGCCCCCCACCAAUGUAUAAUCAAGAAGAUUCAAAUGUAGCCAAAAGUGUUAGUUUAUGUUCUUGUUAGGAAAAUUACCUGUGCAGAAGAAGAUGCAGUGAAGAAGAAGAAGAAGAUUUGAUGAAGAUGAAAGGCAGAUUUUGUAUGCCAAGAAGGGGUUUGAUGUAAUUUUAUGUGCCUGUGGGUAAAAAGGAGGAAAAAAAAGAAGAAAGGUAAUUAGUAUGUUAUUAAAAAUUUAAUCUUUUUUACUUAGUAGCCUAAAGGGAAGAAGAAAGAAAAGAAAAUGGUAGUUUUUUCUGCCAUCUUUUGUUGUAAAUUUUUUUUUUUUUUAAUGUAUUAUGGUAAAUGGAUGAUGUCAAAACAAGAAAAAGGACUGUAAUAGGGAGAGGCAAAAAGGUAAAUUUCACCAAAA